CAACACUACUAUAUAACAAAUAAUUUGAGUGAGGAUGAAGCUUUUAACGCAUAACAUGAUGAGGUCGCAUUGUAAAGGCGUGGUUAACGGAUUUCCUCUGAAACUUUCAUCUACUCAGGUCGAUGUGAAAGAAAUCGAAUUUAACGCAGAUUUUGUAAACCGAAUGUUAUCUCGGUUAGAGUGGUCAGCAUUAGUUGAAAUAGCUAACCAGCUGGGUGUUGGAGAUGGUCUACCUGAAAUGCUUCCUGAGGAACACAAAUUUGAUGAUGAGGACGUUUUGAAAAAGAUACAUCAUGUUUUGUUGGAGGUUGAAGUAAUCGAAGGAGAACUGGAAUGCCCUGAAACGGGUCGGAAGUUCCCGAUCAGUAGAGGUAUUCCAGAUAUGCGGUUAAACGAAGACGAAUAAAUUCCUGACUCCCUCCUCACUCUUUCUUGUCGGGGAAAUUGGAAGAAGUUUGAAUUCUGGGAUGAUUUUACUUUGACUACACAUGAUCUAUUUAAUAAUUUAUUUCUUUUUAUAUCUUGAGAUUGGAAAUUAUUUUAACUCAGUAACUUCAGUUUUAUCAUACUCACAAAUGACAAA